GAUAGUGACAAUGUUUAACUCAAUAAAUGUUUAACAUUUUUAUUUAUUUCAUCACGUUAAGAAUAACAUAGAAAAAUAAAAUUCAGUCAGUCAUCAACGACGAAUCAGUGAUCAUGAAACUUUUAAUAAUAAUUUUAAAUUUAUUUCUAAUUUGUCGAAUAAAAUGUACAAGUUCAGUGUUAAAAUCAAAUUCAUCUGAUGAUUUAUCAAUAAUUGUUCAACAUAAUAAUAGCAUGAAAAAUAAAUUAAAUGAUAGUCAUAUUGAUUGUUUUGGUUUUGGUAAAACAGUAUCACAAAUACUUGAAUGGUAUUUUAAAAAAAAUUCAGAAUCAUUAAAUUAUCUUGAUGUUAAAUUUUACUUAACAUCAUCUAAAUUUACACAUCGUAAUUUAGUCAUUGUUGGUGAUCAAUUUGGUUUAGAUUGGACUGAUUUUAAAAUUCAACGUAAAACAAUAAUAAUUGUACAUGGUUUUUUAACAAAUCAUGAUGAAAAAUGGAUAAGUGAAAUGGAAAAUGCAUUUUUAAAAUGGGAUGAUGUUAAUGUUGUUGUUGUUGAUUGGAGUGCACAUGGAAACACCUGGAAUUAUUAUAAAGCUGUUGUCAAUGCCAAAACUGUAUCACAGGAAAUAGUCAAAUUUUUAUCUCACGUUGUUAAUGCAACACUUGAAAGUGGUAUAAAUAAUAGCAUUGAAUGGGGACCAAUCCACAUGGUUGGACACAGUCUAGGUGCUCAUAUUUGUGGCAUAACAUCAAAUAAAUUUAAAAAGCUAAAUACAAAAUGGCAAAUAAAAAGAAUAACUGGUCUAGAUCCGGCACAGCCGUGUUUCAAGAACAGUGAUAUUUUACUUGAUCAAAGUGAUGCACCAUUUGUUGAUGUUAUUCAUACAAAUGGUAAACUUUGGUCCUCAUUUGGUCUUGGUCUUCCUGAUCCUGUUGGUCAUCAGGAUUAUUAUCCAAAUGGAGGAAGAAGUCAACCAGGUUGUUUGACAAUUCAAAAUUCAUGGGUUAAUUUAAUUAUUGGUAUACCAAAAAAUGCAAUUGAACAAGCUAUUUGUAGUCAUGGACGUUCUUAUCUUUACCUUACUGAUUCAAUAAUAUCUGCAACAUUAAAUAAACAAAAUUGUACAUUUUGGGGACACACAUGGGAUCGAUCAUACAGACAAGCAUUUAAUAUUAUUAAUAAACUCAAUUAUUCUGCUGAUAAUAAAAUUGAAAUGGGCAUACAUGCUGAUAAAUAUUCACUUCGUGGUACAUUUUUUGUCAUGACAUCAAAUGCUGAACCAUUUUGUGAUAUUACUGCAAAUAAUAAUGAUGAUUAUUUAACACAACUUAAAAAAGAUUUUCCAAAUGAAAUUGAUGAUUAAUUAUUAUUAAAUUAAAUUAGUAAAUUUUUUUUUUAAUAAUCUUAUUAUUUAAAUAAGUGCCAGAAAAAUUUAUAAUCAUGGCCUUGGUUUAGUUUUAAAUUUAUGACAAUAUUUAAAAAUAAAAAAAAACUGUUCAAA